GGAGUCUUGUGUUUGUUUUAUGAGUUCGGAUAAUAGCACGAUCCUUGUUAUCCAGGAACUGGCGCAACUGGCGUCCAAUUUGAGAGAAACGUCCGAUAUCAUAGAGAAGUUAAAUAACCGUGUGGUUGAACUCAAUCAAAGUAUGAGAAAGCUAGAACGUUGCUAUGGAGAUCUGACACUUCCCUUUCAAGUUUCGGUGUAUGAACAUAGUAUUCAAAACAACGCGUCUUCCAUCACGAACAAGACGGAAAGCAUCCAGACGUCACCCCUUCAGUAGCCAGUUUUGUAACAUUUUCUUGUCCUUUU